AUGGCCGAUCACGACCUUGAAGGCAAUCAAGAAAAACAUAGCAAUGGCGAGUCACCCCAACAGCCAGAAUUGCAGCGAAGGCUCAAAAGCCGACAUCUACAGAUGAUCGCAAUGGGUAAGAACUCUGACCCUAUCCACAUAUUUGUUCUUAUUCUUAUUCUUAUCUUUUUCGUAGGAGGUGCCAUCGGCACAGGUCUUUUUAUAGGUAGUGGGAGUGCCAUUGCUACUGCAGGCCCUGUUGGCGCCCUAAUUGCAUUCACCUUCCUUGGAUCAAUCGUGUUUUCAGUCAUGAUCGCCUUGGGUGAGGUGGCCACCUACCUACCGAUCCCAGGAGCCUUUGCCACAUAUGCGACGCGCCUGGUCGAUCCUAGCUUAGGCUUUGCGAUGGGUUGGAUUUACUGGUUUUCAUGGGCCUCGACAUUUGCCCUGGAGUUGACUGCCACUGGCCUCAUCAUACAAUAUUGGGAUGACACGAUCCCAAUGGCGGUAUUUAUUGCCGUGUUUUGGGUUAUCAUUAUCAUACUGAAUAUGUUUCCUGUGAGCUGCUACGGUGAAGUUGAAUUUUGGCUUUCAAGCAUCAAGAUCAUCACCGUGGUCGGGUUUAUGAUAUUCGCGAUUUGCAUUAAUGCCGGGGCUGGUAGAGAGGGUUAUCUGGGAUUCAGAUACUGGGUGCAUCCAGGCCCAUUCCGCCCUUAUCUAAUUGAGGACUCUGGACAAGAUGCUCUGGCUAAGUUUGUCGGAUUCUGGGCCAUUUUGAUCAAAGCUGGGUUUUCAUACCAAGGCACCGAGCUUGUCGGUAUUGCUGCGGGUGAAACAGAAAACCCUCGAAAGAACAUCCCCUCUGCGAUUCGCAAGACCUUUUUUCGGAUCGUGUUUUUCUUUGUGUUUACGAUUUUCUUCGUCGGCAUCGUCGUGCCAUCUAAUGACAAACGCCUUACGUCUGAUGACAGCGGUACAAAUGCGGAUGCGUCCCCCUUUGUCAUUGCUGCAAAACGUGCGGGUGUCAACGUCCUGCCUAGUAUUAUCAAUGCAGUCCUGCUCACAGUGGUCCUUUCCGCUGCCAACUCGAACGUAUAUAGCGGCAGUCGAAUUCUCGUCGGCUUGGCCCAUGAGGGGUUCGCUCCUCGCCUUUUCUUGAAAACAACCCAACACGGCGUGCCCCAUGUGAGUGUGGGCUUCACAGCACUCUUUGGCCUACUGGGCUUCCUCAAUGUAUCAAAUUCCGGAGCCACCGUUUUCAACUGGUUGAUCCAGAUUGCUGGCCUAGCCGGUUUCAUUACCUGGGCAUCUCUUAACAUUUGCCAUCUUGCCUUCAUGAGAGCGUUGGCUGCGCAAGCCAUUCCACGUGCUACUCUCCCAUAUAAGGCUCCCUGGCAACCUUUUUUCUCUUGGUAUGGCUUGUUCUUCAACUCGCUUAUCAUCAUCACGCAGGGCUUCACUGCUUUCAUUCCGACAUUCAGCGUUACCGACUUUUUCAUCAACUACCUCAGUCUGAUCUUGUUUGCCGUACUAUACAUUGGCCAUAAGGUUGCUUUUCGGCCGACGUUUGUGAAGCCUGCCGAAGCUGAUAUUGACACUGGGCGAUGCGAGGAAUAA